CAGGAGAAGGCUAAAAAUUCCCCUCUGCCUUUCACUCCAACUACCAAAUCUACCCACCAUACUUUUGCCUUUGCAGUUGGCAUUUGCUAAACACUCGAAGCCCUAAUUUGGCCGAAGAAAAUGGCUCCGUCCGCUCAACUGCUUUCCGUAUUCCUCGCCUGCUCAACCAUCCUCUCCGCCGUUCAUCCGUCGGCCGCCGACGAUUCGCCGACGGCUUACGAUGUCCUGCGGCAGUACGGCUUCCCGGUCGGCCUCCUCCCGCGCGGCGUAACGAGCUACGAGCUGGACGCCAGCACCGGCAAGUUCUCCGUGUAUCUGAACGGAUCCUGCAGCUUCACCAUCGACGGGUACCAGCUCAAGUACAAGAGCACCAUCACCGGGAAGAUCUCUCCCGGAAAGCUCUCCGAUCUCGGCGGCGUGCAGGUGAAGAUACUCCUCUUCUGGGUGAACAUCGUGGAGGUCACCAACGACGGCAGCGAGAUCGAUUUCUCCGUCGGAAUCGCCUCCGCCUCCUUCACCAUCGACAAUUUCUUCGAGAGCCCUCAGUGCGGAUGCGGGUUCGAUUGCGCGAACGGGGGCAAAAAGGGAAUUUCACCCUCUGCCCAACGCCUUAUUUCUUCCUCUUGAGUCUGGUAAUCUCGGGGGAAAGGUGAAAAACACUGUGAGUAAGAGAAGGCCGGUUUAGGGCCUUCAUUACCACCCCGGUUCAGCAAUAAUUCUGUUAUAUGAACCGGUUUGUUUAGUUCUGUUUACUUAUGGUUUCUUUGGGAAUAGCGUUAGCGUUUUAAAUAAAAUUUUAAUGGUGUAGAUUACUUUAAAAACGUAAAUGCUACCCGUAGAUAGCAUUUUCAAAAUGCUAAUGUCUAAUGUCCCAAACAUGCCCUUAAUCAGUCCUAUAAACGUGAUGAUCUAUU